UUCCGGCUCGGCUGAGCUGCGUCCUGAUCCGACUCCAGCGUGGUUGUCCAGCACAGCUACAAAGCGGGGUGGCGGCCGCUCGCGUGCGACCAUGUGGAGGCUGCUGGCCCGCGCCAGUGCGCCGCUCCUGCGGGUGCCCUUGUCAGAUUCUUGGGCAGCCCCACCUGCCGGUGCUGGCCUGAAGACGCUGCUCCCGGUGCCAUCGUUAGGAGAUGUUUCCAUUCCUGAAAAGCCCAAACUGAGAUUUGUUGAAAGGGUACCGCUUGUGCCAAAAGUCAGAAGAGAACCUAAAAACUUGAGUGACAUACGCGGACCUUCCACUGAAGCUACUGAAUUCACAGAAGGCAAUUUUGCAAUCUUGGCACUGGGUGGAGGUUACCUCCACUGGGGACAUUUUGAAAUGAUGCGCCUAACAAUCAACCGCUCUAUGGACCCCAAGAACAUGUUUGCCAUCUGGCGGGUACCAGCCCCUUUCAAGCCCAUCACCCGCAAGGGUAUCGGGCAGCGCAUGGGGGGUGGCAAAGGUGCCAUUGAUCACUAUGUGACCCCUGUGAAGGCUGGCCGCCUCGUGGUAGAGAUGGGUGGACGGUGUGAAUUCAAAGAGGUAGAAGGUUUCCUGAACCAGGCUGCCCACAAGUUGCCCUUCCCAGCGAAGGCAGUGAGCCGUGAAACCCUAGAGAAGAUGCGGAAAGAUCAAGAGGAAAGAGAACAAAACAAUCAAAACCCCUGGACCUUUGAACGCAUAGCCACUGCCAACAUGCUGGGGAUACGCAAAUACCUGAGUCCUUAUGACUUGACCCAGAAAGGGCGCUACUGGGGCAAGUUCUACCUGCCUGAUCGUGUGUAAUAAGAGCAAGAAUAAAUGUACAUAAGCUACUAAGAGAAAGAAGCUAUAUUUUUAUUCCCCUCGGCCUUCCCUUAAAGUCUUUGGGUAGCUCUUCUGUCAUAACUAAGUAGUGGCAUGUAAACAGAUGACUUCUGAAAAAGUUACCGUUUUUUAAAGUACAUUCUAUUAAAUAAAGUUUGAGCAUCACCUCAAUUCUCACUGGAA